CAGUUACAGGUAUUGAAUAUUCAUAUUUCAUCGUCAUUGUUUGUUGGUUGAUUUUUCCGGUAGAAAAAAUUGGGAAGGUACGACAAAACGAACUCCAACGGUAGACGGAUAAUUAUCCUCGGUUCAGUUGGGGGCAGAUUUUGAAGACCAAUAAUGUCAUCUCGGUCUCUGCAUCUAUCCUUGCCGAAAGUUAGGUCUGAAUCGUGGCAGCGUUCCUUUCCCCUACGUCCCCGAGUUAAACUGCAUCCCAAUCUUCAGAUCCUCUGCACUUCCCCGCAUUCAGAUAUCCGUGGAGGCCGACCAGAUGAGGACCAAGAAUCUGAGCCUCCCAGGAGGAAGGAUAGAAGAGGCCAGAGAAAUGUGAUUCUGGUUGAAAGAUACGGGAACGGGACUUCCAAGAGGUACAUUUUAGACGAUGACUCAGGAAUUAGGACAUUUAUUGAGGAACAAGUCUCUCAGAGUAAUGGAUCCCAUGGUUCACAAACCUCUGACAUGGAAUUACCUUGGCUUCCCCAGAUUGUCAAAGAUUUUUGGCUUCCUACUGGGUUUCCCGGAUCAGUUUCAGAUGACUAUUUAGCCUACAUGUUGCUACAGUUCCCUACCAAUGUCACUGGGUGGAUCUGUCACACGUUUGUCACUUCAAGUCUCCUAAAGGCUGUUGGAGUGGGUUCCUUCUCAGGAACUACUGCAGCUGCUUCUGCUGCUGCCAUCAGAUGGGUAUCAAAGGAUGGCAUUGGUGCUGUAGGGCGCUUAUUUGUUGGUGGUAGGUUUGGUAGUCUUUUUGAUGAUGACCCUAAACAGUGGCGCAUGUAUGCAGACUUCAUUGGAAGUGCAGGAAGUAUAUUUGAUCUCACAACUGAAUUAUAUCCUGCUUACUUCUUGCCACUGGCUUCACUUGGAAAUCUAGCUAAGGCUGUUGCCAGGGGACUUAAAGAUCCUUCUUUCAGGGUGAUACAAAAUCACUUUGCAAUCGCAGGAAAUCUUGGUGAGAUCGCAGCCAAGGAGGAAGUAUGGGAAGUGGCUGCGGAGCUGCUCGGUCUUGCUAUUGGUAUACUUGCCCUGGAUACACCGGGUUUUUCAUCGUCAUAUUCCUCAUUGACUUUAACAUGGCUGAGUGUGCGGGUUCUGCAUCUUUGGUUACGCUAUCAGUCUCUCUCGGCCCUGCAAUUCAAUACAAUAAACCUUAAACGUGCUUGUAUACUAGUAAACUCACAUGUUGUGCACUCUACCAUUCCAGGAUUUCGUGAAUGCAAUAGGAUGGAGAAUAUCUUAGUGUGGCAAAAGUUCUCAAAACCACGUCUCCGAUUUGGUGCGUCUUUGGAAGAGUUGGUUGGCGGUGAGAGAUGCAGCUCCAUGGUGAGAUUUCUUCUUAAAUUGUACGCAAAGGAGAAACACAUUCUUGUGGUGAACCAAAUGCAGUUAAGAGAAUUAGAAGUCUUCAUUACCUUCAAGGAGGGAGCAACAAGUUUAUCAGUGCUGCGGAGUGUGUGGCAGGCCUACUGGCUUUAUCAGAAUUGGGGCUGGUCAAAUAAUGUGCAAGACCAAGUGGAACAAAGCUUAAGUAAGCUGGAGGAAAGGUUUGAUGAUUUUAUGGAACAACUGGAGAGCUCGGGAUGGGAUCCAAGCCAAUUAAACUUGAAGGUCCCUAAAGAAAUAUCUAUCGAGGAACCUGCUGCUGUCUAAUAAUAUGCUUAGCUUCGUUAAAGCAGGGAAGGCUUUCCCCUGAGCAGAGGAGGAGAUGCUCUACUAUCCAUUAAUAUUCUCGGUUAUUUCUCCAACGUAUAUUUGGCUUUUCCUAAUUGACAGCAAAAGUGUGCA